AUGAUGAUGAUGUAGACGGAAAAGGCGCCUUCGCUCGACGAAGUGUACUAGAAAGGAGUGCCAUGUUGACGCGGUUAUUCAGCGAUGCGCAGAAGUUCCCAGGCUGGGCGGACGACAGCGGAAGCGACGACUCCAAGACGAAAGAUGACGAGCACGAGCGGGGUUCGCGCGACGAAGAUGCGGACGACGUGUUGGGCGACGCCAAGAGCACGAGUCGCGCGCAGUCAGAGAUCGCGGCGGACGAGGACGACGACGACGACGACGACGAUGAGGACGACGAAGGCGCCGACGGCGACGAGAGCGGCGACAGACCCCGGAAGCGCGGCCCGAAGAAGCGCCAGAUGACGCCGGCGCGCCUCGAGCGCUCCAAGCUUCGGCGGCAGAAAGCGAACGCGCGCGAGCGCACGCGCAUGCACGACCUGAACUCGGCGCUGGACAACCUGCGCAAAGUGGUGCCUUGCUAUUCGAAGACGCAGAAACUGUCCAAGAUUGAGACGCUGCGCCUUGCCAAGAACUACAUCUGGGCGCUGUCGGAGAUCUUGCGUAACGGGAAACGACCAGACGUCGUUUCGUACGUGCAGACACUGUGCAAAGGACUGUCGCAGCCGACGACAAAUCUGGUGGCUGGCUGCUUGCAGCUCAACGCGCGGAACUUUCUCACCGACCUGUCGCACCAGGAGAGCGCGGCGGCGCGCUUCCACGCUCCCGACGCGUCCUUCGCCGCCGCGGCGCACGCCUACCCGUACCAGUGCGCGCGCCUCGCGGGCCCUCAGUGCCAGACCGGCGCGCACGGGUACUGCUACGACCCCGAGUACGCCGGCGCCGCCGAUUACGACGCGCGACGCAGCCCGACGCCCACCUGCGUCAACGGUGGAUUUGCGCUGCGGUCGCACGAGGCCAUGUCACCGGACAUCGCGGACCGGGGAUACCAUCACUACUCCAUGCACUACGCGCCUGCGCGCAGCCUCGGCUACGGCCCGUCGGGGGCCCGGGGGGGUGCAAGUGGAGGUGGUGGCGGAGCAGGUGGAGGCGGAGGCGGGCAUUCGGAGAACGUGCCCCCGUACCACGACGUCCACGCGCAUCACCACCACCACGAGCGCGCGCCUCCAUACGAGGAACUGAACUCUUUUUUUUCAUAACUGGAAAAAAAAAAUUAAUGUGUCUUUCGUCGUCAUUGUCAAGUAUUAGUGUGGGACUGAAAUAACACACGUUACCUUUCAAGAAACACGUUUAUUUAAGGCAGUCAGUAUAAAAGGAUUGCUCUUUUCCCCCUCGGACUUUAAAUGGAACUACAGUGGACUCGAAUAAAUGGAUUAAACACAGUCCAGCGGUUUAGCACAUUUUCCCUAAAAUUGUAAUAACGGAAUGCGUUACCAAUGUAAAAGGAGCAAACCAAUAAAGAAGAACAAAAAUGAAAUAAUAUUAAUAACAACAAUUAAAGAAAAAUAAAAAGGAUAAACACAAUCGAGUACCAAUGAUAUAAAUGUCGGGGGUGUUUAAUCUAAAUAAAUCAA